AUGGAUGGCGCGGCCGAUUCGGACACCACAAGAACGGAUACCCCCCUGCGACCUUAUGACGCCUCGCGUGAUAACCCAGAAUCAUGGAGCGAACCGCAUGGCAACGGCAUCGUCAAAGACGAAAGUCGACCCAAAACCUCACGACCGCGAGGUAGGGGCGAGCGAGAGAAGAAGGACAUGCUCUCCAAGGCCCUGCAUAAGGCGAACACCGCCGUCGUGCUCGACAAUGCCCAGAAUUUUGAGGGCGCUCUGGAGGCUUAUAGCGAUGCGUGUACCCUUCUUCGUCUGGUCAUGAACCGCAGCACGGGCGCCGAUGACAAACGUAAGCUCGACGCAAUUCGGUCAACCUACAUCGCGCGAAUCGAGGAGCUGCACCAAAUGCAAAUGGACAUGGGCGAUGGCGCUGAAGAGAAAGAACUACCGCCUCGACCGGAGAGCGAGGAUGAUGUUUUUGGUAUAGCAGCGCCCGCAGGCCCUCCGCUCGAAUCCACGAUGCAAGUGGGCACUGGACUCGAUGCGGUGGUGGCUGCGGAUCCUGUGCAACAAGCUUACAAAGAACACCAUGCGGAUCUCGAUACUCACACUGGACACGCAUACACAAAUGGGCUGGCAGUUGAGCCGGCUUUGAACCCCACACAUUACACGGGAGAGUCGCUAGAUCAGCCCUCGAUCGGGCAAAGAGAUCUGACAAUGGACAGGGCAGUCUCUGCCGACGCUCCCGCUGCGGUGCCUCUACCGCUAAAGACGACUAAUUUGCAUCUUCCACCUCCCCAAAGCGACUACACCCCGGUUCCAUUAUCGCCAAAACGCGGACAAUCACCUACACGAGGAAAUGUGUUCGACGAUGAGGCCACCUUGCCCCCCAACCUCGACGCGAGUAGUGACCAGUCAGCAUGGUUGGACACGAUUAGAGAAGACAGAUCGUCUCGAGGAUCGUCAGUGCAUUCGGUGUCCUCCCAGCAGGGGUUGCAUCGAAAGCAUCUCCGCACGGCAAGCGGCAUUUCCAACCCAGACUUUGAUGCGGCUUUUGAUGCUGCGGUGGAAGCGGCUUAUGACGAGGGUCUCGAGCCCGACCUAGAAAGCGUCAGGCCGAGAGACACUGACAACAAGGUACAACAUGCGUACCACGGAUCCAGCCAGGUGCGGAGCUCUGAGAUUGUUGAGAUUACUUCUCCCAUCACGUAUGCCCCUCGCCUCGGUGACCCAAUACUGGGCGCAGACGAGGAGGAAGAGCGCAUACUGGACGACAUCGCGCGAGACUACGGUGCAGCGUUCAUCUUUGAUCGCUCGACAAAGUCUGCACUCCCACGCCAGUCGGAUUCCAGUGGAUACUCGAGAAGCACAUGGCAGAGUUCGCAGGUCUCCGAUCGAACUACUGCUGGCACAUCUCUGUCCACCGUCACUGAAGACGUAUCAAGCGUCCCUCCCUUGCACAACGCAUUCACCACAUCCGCUUCGAUCAACUCGAUGCUGGCUGCGCCUCCCCCGCCGCUCACCGCACCUCCACCACAGAUGUCACUCCCAACGCCGCCUACAGGGAACCCGAAGAGAGCCUCCGGUGUUCGUAAUAGAAGGCUAUCUGGGCAGAAUCCGAAGCAGCUCAAAAUCGAGACACCGAGUCUGCCAGACGUGAGGAAACGGGCUUCGACCAUUCAUCAGGAAUCGACUUCUUUCAAGCCGCAUGACGUUUCUCCGCCUGAGCUCGAUCAGAACUUCAAGUUCGGCGGCUUACUCGGGCCCGUGGCAUUCGAGGAUAGGCAGCGAGGAGAUGCGCCCAGGUUGGCGGCUCCAGCAGAUCUGGGCUCACCCAUCUCAGAGGGUGAGAGGCCGGGAACGGCCACCACGCCGGAUUAUUGGCAGAGCCUGGAAUCCGACGAUCUACGCCUCCACUACCCCCCUCUGGUCAAGAAGAACAAAUCUGAAAUGAGCCUACGGGAGCAUCGUGUUCUCCUAUCUUCGCCGACCUUUGACACCGGGCCGUCUCUGGUCACGCCGCUGAGCUCUACAUUCAUGAACUUUGGUCCGAAGCGCAACAUUGACACGCCUCUCACCUCUCAACGCGCCACUUUGCCCUCGGCCGCGGGCACGGCGGCGGAGGGCAAGUACGCAGACAUUCUGCUCUUCGAUACGACGCUCUCAGACGCCCAGGCGGGACGGCCGCUGUCCAACAGGUCGACGAGUAUCCCGGCUGGCGUCGAGCCAUGCCCUGAAUCGUUCCUGCUGCGGCCAUUCUGGCUUAUGCGAAACAUUCAUGCCAGUCUGACCCACCCCAAGGGCGCCUUUCUGACGUCCAAACUCUUUGUGCCGCGCGAGGUGUGGCAGACGCGCGGGGUGAAGCUCAAGUCAAUUGAGGACAAGAUCGCGCAACUCGACCUGCUUACCGCGGCGCUCGGGAAGCUGGGCGAGGUGGACACCUUGGACGCCGAGGCGGUGAUGGUGGAGCUGCAAAGCUUCGAAGAUGUCAUGGAGCGUGUGCAAGCCGCCCUCAGCAAGCGUCUGGGCGGCGACGUGGGCGUCGGCGGCCUGCCUGGGCUCUUCAGAGAAGCCUCGUACGGCAAUCUAUCCGCGAGCUCAUCGGCCAAGACUUCGUUGAUCUCUGACGCCAUCUCGGUCGCAAAGGGUCGAGAAGGCGGCGGAGCUGGAGGCAAAGGCUACCUUGCAUCGUGGCGCAAACUCCGAAGCAAGAGCUCCGGUGCGCCUGUGGCAGGCAUGGGUAGCAGCAACAUGCACAACAACGCCAAAGGAGGCUUCCCGACCGCUUCCGAGAAGGAGGCCUUUGACCUACCUUCGGUGCCAAUGACGAGCUGGUACGCGGUGGAACAUCGGCGCGGCGCGCAGAAGAGAGAGCAGGCGCGAGACAACAACAACAACAACAGCAGCAGCUUCGUCUCGAACGAGGGCCCGCAGCGCGAGUACGUGAACUCGCUUGUGCGCCUGUUUGACGGCGUGCGCAUUCUCGAUCAAAUUGCUCGCCAGGUCGAAGAUCCAGGCCUGCGCGCGCAGUCGACGACGCACGUCAGCAUGGAGCUCAGCGUGCGCCACGCCGCGGAGUUUUUCGCCUUUUACGUUUGUCGCUUCGUGCUCGCGGAUGUGGGCGUGUUGCUCGACAAGUUCAUUAAACGAGGUACCGAGUGGGUGCAGGCGUAA